AUGGAUCCUAAUCAUAAAAGAGAGGCAAUUGGAAAGCUAAUUGAGGUUUGUUUGCAUAAUUGGGGUAUUGAAAAAGUGUUCACGCUAACUUUUGAUAAUGCAAGUGCAAACAAUAAUGUAAUUGCAUAUCUUAAGAGGAAAAUGGUACAUUGGAAAAAUUGUAUAUUGGAUGCUGAUUUUUUGCAUAUUCGAUGUAGUGCACAUAUUGUCAAUUUGAUUGUGUGUGAGGGUUUGAAAGAAUUAGAUGAGGCAAUUGUUAGCAUUCGUAAUGCUGUAAGAUAUGUUAGAUCAUCUCCUUCUCGAUUGCAAAAAUUUAAGGAGUGUAUAAGUCAAGAGAAAAUUGAUAGCAAAUCUUUAGUAUGUUUGGAUGUUCCAACCAAAUGGAAUUCCACAUACUUAAUGUUAGAGUUGGAUUUGAAAUUUCAAAAAGCUUUUGAGAGAAUGGGGGAGGAAGAUGGACAUUAUGCUUCCUAUUUUGGAGAGGAUGAUAGUAGUAGAAAAAAAGUUGGACCUCCUUUAGCUUGGCAUUGGGAUGAUGCCAAAGUUUUUGUCAAAUUUCUUAAGGGCUUUUAUGAUGUAACUCUUAAAUUUAGUGUCUCUUUACAUGUUAGCUCCAACAUACAUUUCCAUCAAGUUUCUUCCAUACAAAAACAAUUGGAUGAUUUAUGUGUUAGUGAGGAUGACCGGUUAUGUGUUAUGGCAAGGAAAAUGAGAGAAAAGUAUAAUAAAUAUUGGGGUUCCAUGGGAAAUGUCAAUAAAUUGCUUCUAAUUGCAGCAGUGCUUGAUCCAAGAUAUAAGUUGGAUUAUGUGUCAUUUAGCUAUGGGAUGCUUUAUGACAAUGAUGAAAGCAGGGUUCCUAAAUCGACAAAUGGUUUGAAAAAAACUUUGAUGAGGUUAUAUAAUUGGUAUAAUGAAAAAGAAAUGGGUUCAAAUGGUAGUUAUCAAUCUUCCACUGGUGUUGAGUCUUCUAGAACUAGUUUGGAUAGUAAUAACAGUGAAUUAGAGCAUGUCAACUAUGCUGACCAGGUUUGGAUUGCUUAUUUGAAGAAGAGAGAACAAAGCCAAUGUAAGGAGGUAAAAAAUGAUGUGGAUAGGUAUCUGGCCGACCCUUGUGAGUCUGAUUUAAUUAAGGAUUUUGAUAUUUUAAAUUGGUGGAGGGUUAAUGGAGAGAAAUACCCUGUGUUAGAGAAGAUUGCAAAGGAUGUCUAUCUCCAUUGUGGCUUCCGAGAGUGCUUUUAG